AUGAAAGCGUUAAACAAAUAUAGAAGUCAAAAUAGAGCUGGAGCAUAAGAAAAGAGUAGAGAGAGAGAGAGAGAGAUAGAAACGUUUCUCUGCUGAGAAGUUGAGUUAAAUCGGAAUGGAAUGGGAAAGCGACGAGAGGGAGCUGAAGGCGGCCGGCGCGCAGCCUCUCGGCGGCGGGCGCGUGGGAUAUCUCAUUCGCGGUUGGGAAAUCGAGUCUCGCAAGCGUUCUAUCCUCAACUCUUCUCUUCUCCAACAGUGGGAGGAGAAGCUUCAAACAUCACACUUGCCAGAGAUGGUUUUUGGGGAGAGUUCUUUGGUUCUUAAGCAUGUGAAUAGUGGUGUUAAAAUUCAUUUUAAUGCCUUUGAUGCUCUCUGUGGCUGGAAGCAGGAAGCACUUCCUCCAGUUGAAGUUCCAGCCGCUGCUAAAUGGAAAUUUCGGAGCAAGCCUACUGAUCAGGUGAUACUGGAUUAUGAUUAUACAUUCACAACACCUUACAGUGGAAGUGCUAGUGUCGAAAAAAAUAUUCAGUCUGGAAGAGGAGCUGCUGAGGAAAACAGCUGCAAUGCUCAUUGGGAAGACUGCCAGGAGGAAAUUGAUAUGGUUGCAUUGGCAUCUAAAGAGCCGAUACUUUUCUAUGACGAGGUUAUAUUGUAUGAAGAUGAAUUGGCUGAUAAUGGUGUCUCUCUUUUGACAGUUAAAGUGAGAGUCAUGCCCAGUGGAUGGUUCCUUCUCUUGCGUUACUGGCUAAGAGUUGAUGGAGUGCUUAUGAGAUUGAGGGACACUCGUAUGCAUUGUGCUUUCAAGGUGAAUGAGGAACCAAUUAUUCUCCGAGAAAGCUGCUGGAGAGAAAUCACCUUUAAGGCUUUAUCAUCGAAAGGAUAUCCGAUUGAUUCUGCUGCAUACGGUGAUCCUGGUGUCAUCUGUGAAAGGCUCCCGAUUGUCAAGCGCAAGACCCAAAAGCUUAUUAUCUCAUAAAUUCUGUAAGCUGUAAUAUGAGCUCAAGAUUAUUCAAUAACUGCAGAAUUACUAGCCCAUCUUGAAGUAUUAAGGUUCAUUUAGGAUAUUUUGAAGUAUCCAUACUCAUUUGAUGGGAAAAAGAGAUAGUUAUUAUGUGAAAGUUGCACACUGUAAUUAUUCAACUUCAGGUUUUUUAAAUCUCUCAUUUCUAAUUUGCUAAAA